AACUUGCCAAGUUAACCACGUUAGACAUUUCAAGAAGAUUUGACAGACAGGAAGGAACGACGAUUUAAAAGUUGAAGUGUCCGUAACACUGCGACAUCUUAAGAAAGCGACUUGAUGAACUGAGGUCUAGUGGACAGAGCGCGACUCGCGCAGAUAUGAUCAGGUAGUUCCAAAUUCUUGCAAAAUGUCGCGAAUUCAGUUGCCAUCGUUUCCGACCCUGCCACUCCGGUACCUGCUCCUAUUCGCCACCUGCCUGUUCCUGCUGGCCUCACUAGCCCCAGGACGGGCUGCCUUUUACCCAGCCGCUCAUGCUAGGCCCUACCGGGACAUCUUGGUCCAGUCAGUUCCACAGUACUACUACUAUCAUCCCAGCCCCGACCCAGGUUCAGGCCAGGGUAUCGAGCCACCCGCGUACAACUCCGGCCGGCAGAGGAGUGCGUGGCUCUACGGCGACCGCCCAGUACUAGAACUGGAAGGAAGACCAGGAAGACGGUCUGCUUCUCAAAAUGUGGAAGUUAGGGGCGACUCUAGUCCCGUGAUGGUCAGCAGAUGGGCUACUCGAAACUCGGUGAGCAAAACAAACGCCCAAGCCGUGCUAGCGUCCCCUGACUACUUUGACAUGGGUCUCGAAAGCAGUAGAAAGCGAGGUCCCAACAGCGGGCGAACAUUCCAGGGCAUGCCGCCAUUCCAACCACCUCCCUCCAGCUCCGUCUUGCCUGAUCUGCUUCCCCCGAACCUGUUCAACUGGACGGGGGUCAUCGGUGUGCGCGCCGCGCGGGCUAAGGACGCCCCUGGUCACCCUGACAGCCGAAAGGGCCUACCGUACAACCGAAGACAUCGGCACAAGGAUCUGCAGCUAUUUGGAGCCAACUAUGACAAGAAAAGACACAUCCAAGAUGCCUUUAGUCAGAACAAGGAGAAGCGAGUCUUUGAGACGGCUGAUUUAUCGCUUGGAGGCUACGACAAGAAACAUGCAAAGGCUGGUCGUGAUUCCAACAGUGAAACUGACAACCGGGCGUAUCUGGCUUCUUCUUACGCUGCUGCUGUUCGAAACAACAGGAAGCCAGUGGUAGAGACGGCUGACUUAUCCUUCGGAGGCUACGACCGGAGCCGCCUGAUGAGGGACGGGCGGGGAAAGCGAAGUCACAAGCAAAGCCCGGGGCAAGUCUUCAAUGUCAUGCCCCCGUUCCAGCCCCCGCCCUCCAGUUCCCUCCUACCGGACCUGUUCUCCCCGCACGCUGUCAACGACUCUCUGGGCAUCAUUGGGCAACGCCCGACGCGGCCCUCGGCCACCAAUCCACGGGGGGCCCCCAGCGACCCCAGCCACCUGUCCGGAGAUCACCCAAUUCAUCCCAGCGGCGGCCAAGGACCCCAAGCCGACCCCCAAGGGCCGAGACAUGAGGGCCAAGAAGAUCACCGCCAAGCCGACGGUCAGGGACUCCGUGACCAGUAUGACCGUCCGGUUAAACACGCGGCCGAGAUACCCGAGGCUGUAGCGGACGGGGUUUGGCACGCUCAACGAUCGGAGACGCACCUCUAUAGCAACCCAUUCGCUUCGCUGCCCCCGGGUAGCUACCAGAAACUUCCAGCUCCCGAGUACACGGAAGAAUCCGGAUCUCCCCAAGAACCCAUCCAUGCACGAGACGUACUGGUCAAGAUCGACAGCCGGCGCCUUCAGCUGACCUACCGCCUCAACGCACCGCCUUACUUCACCUUCGAGGGCCUACUAGCGCAGCUGGCCACCUACCUGAUGCCGGGAUUCUGCGUAGACCUCGCCGUGACGCGCCGGGAUCAGAACUGUGAGAUCAUCAGUCACAUGGCAGCCCUUCAGACGGACCGGACACAAAUCUGGCUGAUCGAGAUCGUGGACACGGGUGGAAACAUUAUCUGGAUGGAUCAGUGUAUACCCGACACUAGGCUCUUCAUAGUGCUGGGGUCGAGGGUUUCCUUCAAGUUCAGGACGCACAGCCUCGUCCCCUCUGCGAUCCUGCCGGUUUCUACCGAGGAAGCUUCCCCGGAAGGUACCGGUGACACCACCCCCGAGGAGCCGCGGGAGAGAACCCACGCCUCGGUGGGCCUACCCGCCUCGGAUCACGCUCAGGUACCGCAAGGUCCGCCCCUUACGCCGCAGCGACAGACGUCGGAAAACUCCUGAUCUUUUCCCAAAGCACAUCGCUAAUUUUAAACCAAAGCUCCCUAAAUUCAAUGAGUCAUUUUUAAGUAUAUAACUACAUAUAUUUCAGCGUCACGUGAUCCUGCCUGUAGGUUGGGCUAGCACGGUGAAAACCUUGACUUGAACACUUCAACUCCAAACAUGCAGGCCUAAGGUUUACUAAGUCCAUAUACUAUGGAAUCACUCUAUAAUCCAAUAAUUGAGUGUUUGUUGGUUUAAGUUCAUAAGAUAGCUAAAAAAUGUGCUGUGUAGACAUGUAUUGAGAUGAUGUUUCAACCGACGAAAUGCACAAAUUAAACGUUGGACUUUAAAAUGACAUAAACUGUAGUCAGAAUAAUACCGCACAAAAAUAUCGCUUUUAAGAAAUGAUGGCCAAUUGCCGAUUGUGCUGGUUACGAUUGAGAAUAUUUAGUAAUUAGAUCUAUAUUGUCAGCAUUCAUUAGUAUUCUUAGAAAAUUAUUUAUAAUGUUCAGAGAAAGUGCGCAAUUGACUCGUUUGAUGAUACACAGUGGGGCAUCCAGCCGGGGGCGGGGCAGGGGGCAACCCCCCAUCUUUUUUUCAAGUAGUUUUAUUUAUCAAAUAUUAGCAACAAAACCUUAGAGAAAACAACACCCCGAAAUAAAAGCAAGGAUCCCAGGACUAAGAGCUAGACUUUUGAUAUUUUUUCUUCCCCCAAAUCAUGUUGAAUUAGCCCGAAACCGCAUUCGCUUUUGAAUUUCCCCAUCUACAACAAAAGCUGUAUACUCAUCGGAUGAUACAUCGCAUAGUUAAGGUUUUAAUAUUGCAGAUUUGAAAAAAAGGUUUAUCUUUGACACUCAGACUGACUGCGUCGCAAUUUAUGACGAACCGAUGUGACCAACCAAUGGCGUUACAGCCUUCCCAUGACGAAGUUAUUUACAUAUAAACCGUGUUUACUUUGCAACUGGAAUGUUUAAAGUGACAUCAUUUCCUCGUACUGUGAAACAAAUUCGUCGUGAAUAAUAUCAAGUUGAAAUAAAAUAAACAAUAAACCUAUAACUGACCAU